AUGUCCUUAGGCUGCGGGGUGGACUGGACAGGCCUGGUGUCAGGAUCCAGUGAGGGUGUGAGGUUUAGAGAUAUAGAGAUGCCCUCAGCACUUGCCCUGCUUUUCACAGGAUGCUCCCAUCAAUGCAGCACAGCAACACACUCAGGCUGUGUUCACCAGGCUCUGUUCACCAGGCUGUGUUCACCAGGCUCUGUUCACCAGGCUCUGUUCACCAGGCUGUGUUCACCAGGCUCUAGCAGGCUGACUGAGCAUCUUCUCUUCUCUCCACAGGCACAGAAAUCGUGGAUUGAGAGAGCCUUCAACAAGAGAGAAUGUGUUCAUAUCAUAGUGAGUGCCAAAGACCCCCAUAGGUGCUGCUGUGGCCGUCUGAUUGGUCAGCACGUUGGCCUGCCCCCCGGCAUCUCCUCCAGUCAGAAUGACAAGACGGAGCGUCUGGCGAAGAAUGACAGCCUAUCAGAGAAAUGGUCAAUCAGCAAACACACCCAGCUCAGCCCCACCGACGCCUUCGGAACCAUUGAGUUCCAGGGAGGCGGCCACUCCAACAAAGCCAUGUAUGUGCGUGUGUCCUACGACACCAAGCCAGACCUCCUGCUGCACCUGAUGACCAAGGAGUGGCAGCUGGACCUUCCCAAGCUGCUCAUCUCGGUGCAUGGGGGCCUGCAGAACUUUGAGUUGCAGCCCAAACUCAAACAGGUCUUUGGCAAGGGCCUCAUCAAGGCUGCAAUGACAACCGGAGCCUGGAUCUUCACCGGCGGGGUCAACACAGGGGUGAUCCGGCAUGUGGGUGAUGCGCUAAAGGACCAUGCCUCUAAAUCUCGGGGGAAGAUCUGCACUAUUGGCAUCGCCCCCUGGGGCAUCGUGGAGAACCAGGAGGACCUGGUGGGAAAAGACGUGGUCCGACCGUACCAGACCAUGUCCAACCCACUGAGCAAGCUGACCGUGCUCAACAGCCUGCACUCCCACUUCAUCCUGGCCGAUAAUGGGACCACAGGGAAGUACGGUGCUGAGGUCAAACUCCGCAGACAGCUGGAGAAACACAUCUCCCUGCAGAAGAUCAACACACGUAUUGGUCAGGGAGUGCCGGUGGUGGCUCUGAUAGUGGAGGGGGGUCCUAAUGUGAUCUCCAUCGUGUUGGAGUACCUGAGGGACACUCCGCCUGUCCCCGUGGUGGUGUGUGACGGGAGCGGGCGUGCCUCAGACAUCCUGGCAUUUGGACACAAGUACUCAGAGGAGGGAGGGAUCAUAAAUGAGACUCUGAGGGACCAGUUGCUGGUGACCAUACAGAAGACAUUCACGUACAGCCGGACCCAAGCCCAACACCUCUUCAUCAUCCUCAUGGAAUGCAUGAAGAAGAAGGAGUUGAUAACAGUUUUUCGGAUGGGGUCUGAAGGACACCAGGACAUUGACCUGGCCAUUCUCACUGCUCUGCUUAAAGGAGCCAACGCAUCGGCUCCUGACCAGCUCAGCCUGGCCCUGGCCUGGAACCGAGUAGACAUCGCUCGCAGUCAGAUCUUCAUCUAUGGACAACAGUGGCCUGUGGGUUCUCUGGAGCAGUCUAUGCUGGAUGCCCUGGUGCUGGACAGAGUGGACUUCGUCAAGCUGCUGAUCGAGAACGGAGUGAGCAUGCAUCGCUUCCUCACUCUCUCCAGAUUGGAGGAGCUCUACAACACGAGGCAUGGACCAUCCAACACUCUAUACCACCUGGUCAGAGACGUCAAAAAGCAAGAAUAUCCAGGGUUCAGUUGGAUCUACUUCAAGGGUAACCUCCCACCAGAUUACCGCAUUAGUCUCAUUGACAUUGGAUUGGUCAUCGAGUACUUGAUGGGCGGAGCUUACCGAUGCAACUACACCAGGAAGAGGUUUAGAACGCUGUAUCAUAACCUCUUUGGACCCAAACGACCCAAAGCCCUGAAACUGCUGGGGAUGGAGGAUGACAUGCCGAUCCGAAGGGGUCGUCAGAAGACUACACGGAAGCGGGAGGAGGAGGUGGACAUUGACCUGGACGACCCUGAGAUAAACCACUUCCACUUCCCCUUCCAUGAGUUGAUGGUGUGGGCCGUGCUGAUGAAGAGACAGAAGAUGGCGCUGUUCUUCUGGCAGCACGGUGAGGAGGCCAUGGCCAAAGCCCUGGUGGCCUGUAAGCUGUGUAAGGCCAUGGCCCACGAGGCCUCCGAGAAUGACAUGGUGGACGACAUCUCACAGGAGCUCAACCAUAACUCCAGUGAGUUUGGCCAGCUAGCCGUUGAGCUGCUGGACCAGUCUUACAAGCAGGAUGAGCAGAUGGCCAUGAAGCUGCUAACCUACGAGCUGAAGAACUGGAGUAACGCCACCUGCCUUCAGCUGGCUGUGGCCGCCAAGCACCGCGACUUCAUCGCCCACACUUGCAGCCAGAUGCUGCUCACCGACAUGUGGAUGGGACGGCUGCGCAUGCGCAAGAACUCUGGACUUAAGGUGAUCUUGGGCCUGCUGCUGCCUCCGUCCAUCCUGAGUCUGGAGUUCAAGAACAAGGAUGAGAUGUCAUACAUGCCCCAGGACCAGGACACUUACCUGCAGGAGAAGGAGGAGGAGCCUGAGAAGCCUGCCAAUGAGAAGGAAGAAGAGGACAUGGAGUUCACAGUAAGAUCCUACUGUGAGACGCAGUACAACUCCGUGGCCAUGCUGGGUAAGGUAAGCACGGAGGCGUCUCGUAAGAAGGGCGUGGGGGAGGUCCAGAAUAGACACCGGCUGAUCCCCAUGGGCCGAAAGAUCUACGAGUUUUACAACGCCCCCAUCGUCAAGUUCUGGUUUCACACAAUGGCCUAUGUGGCGUACCUGAUGCUGUUCAACUAUAUUGUGCUGGUGAAGAUGGACCUGUGGCCCUCACCGCAGGAGUGGAUAGUCAUCGCUUACAUCUUCACCAAUGGCAUCGAGAAGAUGAGAGAGAUUCUGAUGUCGGAGCCGGGGAAGCUGUUGCAGAAGGUAAAGGUGUGGCUUCAGGAGUACUGGAACAUCACGGACCUCAUGGCCAUCCUCAUCUUCUCUGUGGGCAUGGUGCUCCGCCUCCAGGAGCCGCCCCUCAUGAGUUACGGCCGGGUCAUCUACUGCGUUAACAUCAUCUAUUGGUACAUCCGGCUGCUCGACAUCUUUGGCGUCAACAAAUACCUGGGCCCCUAUGUCAUGAUGAUCGGCAAGAUGAUGAUUGACAUGAUGUACUUUGUGAUCAUCAUGCUGGUAGUGUUGAUGAGUUUCGGAGUGGCCAGGCAGGCCAUCCUGAAUCCCAAUGAGGACCCGUCCUGGAUGCUGGCUCGGAACAUCUUCUUCAUGCCUUACUGGAUGAUCUAUGGAGAGGUGUUCGCUGAUCAGAUCGACCAUGUACAUAGUAGGAAGCUAAAGCACAGGCUGAAUUCAAAACUCUGGAUGAUCGAAAAUCAGUUUCGAGCUCAUGGAACCUGGCGUAAUAAUGGUCAUACCAACAUUGCUAUGUUCAAUCAGAAUGCCACUCCAUGUGGCCAGAAUAUCACCACAGAGGACGGGCAUGUUGUGGCUCUGCCGCCCUGUAAGACGGGAGCCUGGAUCGUUCCUGCCAUCAUGGCCUGCUACCUUCUGGUGGCCAACAUCCUGCUGGUCAACCUGCUCAUCGCUGUUUUCAACAACACCUUCUUUGAGGUGAAGUCCAUCUCCAACCAGGUGUGGAAGUUCCAGAGGUACCAGCUCAUCAUGACCUUCUACGAGCGGCCCAUCCUCCCCCCUCCCCUCAUCAUUUUCAGUCACAUGACCAUGGUCCUCAAGCACCUGUGCUGUCGCUGGCGUAAGCACGACGAUGACGAGAGAGACUAUGGGCUGAAGCUCUUCAUCACUGAAGACGAGCUGAAGAAAGUGCAUGACUUUGAAGAGCAGUGCAUCGAGGAGUACUUCCGCGAGAAGGAUGACCGCUUCAACUCCUCAAAUGACGAGAGGAUCCGAGUGACAUCAGAAAGAGUGGAGAACAUGGCCAUGCGCCUGGAGGAGGUGAAUGAGAGAGAACACUUCAUGAAGUCAUCUCUGCAGACCGUGGACAUACGGCUGGCCCAGAUGGAGGAGCUGAUUGGUCGGAUCGCUGUGGCUCUUGAGCGAGUCACGGGGGUGGAGCGGGGGGAGGUCAACAAGGCCCGCUCACGCACCUCCUCGGACUGCACAGACUCGGCCUACAUGCUGCGUCAGGGUGAGUGCCCCGAUGCGGCUUACAUCCUGCGCCAAAGCAGCUUCAACAGCCAAGAGGGGAACUCCUACCGGCUCAAUGAGGGUGCAGAGGGCUCCAUGUCUCCGCCCUCCCCCACCGGCCUGGCCACUCGCACACGCAGUCACUCCUUCUACGUGGGCGGAGGUCUUGAGCGAGCUGGGGCCGACAGGGCCGAAAGGGCCGACCGUUUCCUCAAGGAGCGCUCCUUCAGCCUGCACCGAGCCAACAGCUCACAGUCGGUGGCCUCGGGUACCGCCCCCAAGGAGUCUAAGCCCCUCCCACUGGCCACGCUGUCCAUCUCCCAGCAGCACCGCCCCUCUUCCUGCAUCGACAUCUAUGUGUCUGCAUCCGAGGAGGCGGGGCCAGCCGAGGUCUUCUCGGACCCGCUGAGGAUGGGCCCUCCCCUCCGGCACGACUCUUCACUCCACUCUGAGAUUAUGGAGGCGGUGCUGUCGAGCGGGAGGGACUACAGCGGAGGCAGCGGAUUGGGCGACAGACACUCGGAGGGUGGUGCAGUGUUCGAGGACAGCGCGGCUGCAGACCUGUCGCUAUGCUCCGCCCACCUUCUCCCAGAUAACACCAUGCCGACCUGGGACCUGGACCCCUCCCCACCCCCGUCAGCGGGGCCACUGGAGCGCUCCAAGAGCAGCCGCUACCUGUCCACUGGCGGCAGGGGCUACCUAGAAGAGACUCAGCUGGUCAAAUCUCACAGCCUCAUGUUUACACCGCGAGGCUGCUACGGAGGCCUAGGGGCAGGUGUUCAAGUCAAAGCGGCUGAGUACACCAGCAUCACCGACUGCAUAGACACCAGGUGUGUCUCCGCCCCUUACUCCACCGCAGAGCGCUCCCACUCCCCCGGAGGCUCCACCUCAUUCCCCUUCAAUAAGCCCCCAGACUUGGGCUCCUCCCACCCAGAGCGCGAGGCCGAGCUCAGCCACACAGAGUCAGACCCUGAAGACCCAGAGGACCUGGCCCCGGCCCCCGAGCCCCAUCGCAUGGCGAGGGGCUUAAGAGGGGCGAGUGGGACCCCAUUCUGCUCACCCUUCUCCAGAAUGGAACGAGCCAACAGCUGCUCCUCAGAUGACUCCUCCCACCCAUCAUUGGCCCCUCCUUCACACAGAAAAAGCCUGUCGGUCAGUGAGAGGAUGGAGAGGGGUGCAGACCGUGGGGUUCUGGGGGGACCCAGGAACCCCUUCCUGAGGAGCAAGUCAGGGGCACGGCCUGACACCAAGACAGACAGCCUUUCCAUGAGAAAGCUGACCACCCCCUCUGCGUUCAGCAGCUUCGACAGUAGACACAACUACACGUGACAAUGAUGAAGAAAACAGGACAGGGACAGGGCACACUCUGUUACUAUACAGAACCAUAGGGCCAGCCAGGGGUAAAGGCAAGGGUCAUGGGGAGGGCUCCUACCAGUGUAAAACAAAGUGCUAUGAAGCUAGGGUAGUUUUUACCUCCUCCUGAAGCUGACUCUUGUAUGUUUGGUGAUGGAGGGUAUGUGCCGUGUCUGUCUACCAUCUUUUCAGUCAAGUCAACACAUUGUUACUGUAAUGUAUCACGUCACAGAACACUGGUGUAGCCCAAAUAGAAAGUAUAAAAAUGAAAUCUCUGAUAGGACAGUUUAGUCAGUCUUUAGAAAAUAAUAAACUUGGUCACCUGACAAUAUAAGACUGGAGGUCAGAAUUGUCACCUCAAUCCAAAUUUCCUCAGGUUCCCUAGUUUCCUCUUUGCCCUUAAACUGCCCAUACUCAUGGAUAUGACUCUAUACUUCUGUGCUUCCACCACUGAAAUAGCACUCUGUCUUUCCACCACUGAAAUAGCGUUCAGUCUUUUCACCACUGAAAUAGCGUUCAGUCUUUUCACUACAGACAUAGCACUGCAUGCUACAACAGUAGCAGCAGUAGUAACCUCAUCCCCAGGGUAAUUGUACAUACCGCAUAUAAGCCUGAAACACCACCGACUCAAAUCUGGCCUAUGUGGUAGUAAAAAAUAAAAACUACAAAAACAUUUUUGAUCUUAGCGAAUCAUGCGACUGGGCGUUGUGUCUCCUAUUCAAAAAACUUGUGGAACGCUAGCAAUACGGAGGUGGGAAGUGCUCAGAGGGAGGUGAUUGAUUACAAAUAAAGCCAAUGGCUAUGGAUUAUAACUUUUUCCUGAUCUUUCUGUUGGGAUAAUGAAGGCCACGUUUGAAGUUUUGGUCCACCAGACUGUCCAAGCAUGCAUAAGCGGUCGCUUCCGGGGGGCCCCCGACCCCCCAACAAAACUCAGUCUGGGAACUCAGUUGGGGUCUCAACUUACUGUUGAGAGAUAGAAUAGAAGAAUACACAACGUGCAAGUUGGUUGUGCAUCAGCAGUUAUUUUUUCUUGUUUUGUCAUUCACUGACAGUCAUUCAAUUAGCCAUGUCAGCUAACAAUUUUUAGAUUGAUAAGUUAGUCUAGCCAGUUAUCUAAACAGUGCCCAGGGGCCCAAAUUGAUUUUGUUAGUCACGCUCACUCAGAUAUCAUUAACAUUUCAUAAAUCAUGGCAAAAUGGGUAGAGUUGCAGGAAAUUAGAUUUAAAUUGCAAAAAUGUCUCUCUGCCCCAUGGCAAAAUUAGUAGAAUUGUAUGAAAUAUGUUAUAAAAUUGCAACAUUUUAUCUCCAUCCCAUGCCAAAAUGUGUAGAACGGCAGAAAACGUACUUAAAAACUGCAAAAAGUUAUUGCUGCCCAAUGGCAAAAUCAGUAGAAUGCAUGAAAUGUGUUAUAAAUGUGCUACAUUUUCUCUCCACCCCAUGGCAAAAUUUGUAGAAGAUGAAAUGUAAAAGUACACAAAUUAUCUCCACCGUCAAGAGGGGGGCCACUAAACAUUGUGCCCUGUG